CAGCAGAGUAACUCGCUUAACUUUAUACUUGAGCACUACUUGAAUUUGUUAACGUUCUAGGUCUGGUUAAGAACUAGAUAAGAAACAUCUAAAACAACUGGUAAUAGACAGUUGAAGAAGGACAAACUACAACAGGACGUAGAUAACAAACUGAAUUUUGCACGCGUCGUCUUUUACGUACGUUGCGCAGGUUUGUUAUGUUUUCUACAGAGACAGAAAGAAGCGUGUGAACCAGUGUUUGCCGAGUGAUGAAGAUGUCUAGAAGCGGAUCAGGUCUCCAGCCUCUCAAAGCUACUGUUCCCUUCACACUGCACAAAGCAACUGGAGCUGCAAUCACAAACAUUACACCAGGUGAAAGGACUAAAGCUGAGUGGCGUUUGCAGACUCGCAUUCGCCGCACACUAUCUCUGGAUGCAAUUGUCGGGUCAUACUUGCAUGGCCAGUGGCCCAAAGAAGGUGACAGAGAUGACAGGGAAGACAAAUCCACACAGACACCACGAGCGUGGCUUGCUGGAGUAGAAACAACGACUAUUAGAUUGCACAGACGCUCUGCAUCGUGGGGGAAUCCAGAACGUCUCCAGGAUGGAAGUGAUGCGUGUCCAGGUUCAUCAUUAUCCAAGCAGAAACAACAACUGCAACAGAAGCAACGGUCAGGAGUUCCAGUUGGCAGCAAAGAGAAACUGCACAACCAACAUCAGUCCCCGGCCGUGGUAAUCCCCACUGCGUCAUUAACCCGACUGCCGACACGUCUGCGGCACAGUGAAGAGAGACUGGAUCAGGAGCUGGAGAAAGUCUUCAUACAUCAAUCACCAGUUCACCACUGUGGAUCAUUUGAGGUUCCUGAUGGCCACAGAGCUCCUGUCCCGCACCUGAACUUCAUGAGUGAGUUUCAGAUUGACUCUUCUUGUGUAGUUUCACAAUCCUCGUCCUCCACAUCCUGCUCUCCACAGCGCCCUCUAGACCUCGACACUGAAGUCAACUCGUGUAUCCUGAUGCUGUCCUCUUCGCCACGGCCUAAUAACAGCUACUGCUUUCAGAGAGAUCCUCCAGAGGGCUGCGAGAGAAUCCGAGUGUGUGAAGAAAACUUCCCUUCAUGUUUGGAGCAAGUGUGCAUGUCUUCCUGCCCCGACCCCAACAAAGUGAACUUCACCACACACACGGGCUCCGCCUUCUGCCCUGUCAGUCUCCCAAAGCCCCUCCUCCCUCCAGUGGACUUUCUGAUCUGCAGCCUUUCAGUUUCUCCAGGCUCCUGCUGGGUUGGACAGUGAACACUUCCUAAGAAACCUGUUUGUAAGAGGUGAAAUGGCUGUAUCUUUAAAAAGCACUGCUUGUUGCAUUUGCUUCAGCAUCUGACCUUGAUUUAAAAAAAAAAAAAAAGGACAUUUUUCAUCGUUGGUCAGUGAAAACCUUACACAUUUGUUUUCUAGUUUAAAAAAAGUAUUAGUGAUAAGAGAGAGUACUGGCUUUCUUUAUAUGGGUCACAGUGUGAGUGGUGAAGAUGGCUUAUGGUUAAACAAUUUAGGCAGUUAUUUUCUUAAGGAAAUAGCAGUUCUUAGACAAUGAAUGUUACAUUUUUGCUAUAUAAAGAUGAAUGGUACUGUAAAUGCAAUGUUUGGAUUUUAAAUCAGUGUUAAAUCUGUUACAGUGAAUGAACAAAUAGACAAAUUUAGCUUUAGUUUUACAUAAAGUAUUUAGCUUUGUUUAGUUCCUUUAUUGAAGAAUGUAUUGUGGGGGGGUUUCCACAAUUAUAGGCCAUUAUUCAAGUUUUUGGAUUUGCAUUUAAGUUUGGCUAAUGAAUGUUUACAUGGUGUAUGUUGUUUUUUUAUUCUCCUAAAGAUGAAUCUGUACAGUAUGUAUGAUAGUUGUUUGUUAAGAUAGUACUGUUUGCACGUUUUCGCUAAACAUAAGCUAUAGAAUGUGGAUGGUGCCAUAUUAUUUGACUUGCAUUGUUCGACAUGCACAUGAUUAUUGGUUGUUUUAGAAUGCUUUGGUUGAAAUGUUUUGUUCAGAUGAUGAAUGAGUUUCAAUCGGGAAGUAGAAUACUAUAUGCUGACUGAAGAUGAAGGUUUUUUUGUACUUUUAUUGUCAUGCAUCACUUUAAAUAUGUUUGUCUGCAGUAUGUUUUGGCACCCAUAAAGGAGAAAUGAGCAAC